CGCGGCGGCCGCGGCGGCGGGAGCGGGGAAACGGGGAACCGGGAGCAUCGGGGAAGCGGGAGCAGUGGGGAGGCGCAGCACCGGGGAAACGGGAGCAUCGGGGAACCGGGCGACCGGGAAGACCGGGAGGCGCAGCACCGUGGAAACGGGAAGCCAGAGAACCGGGAAUGCCGGGGAAACGGGGAGCCGCGGCACCGGGGAAACGUGAAACCGGGAGCAUCAAGGAAUGGGGAGCAGUGGGGAGGCGCAGCACCGGGUAACCGGGAGCACUGGGAGCCGCAUUACCGGGGAAAAGGGGAACCGGGGAACUGGGAAGCCGUGGGCACCAGGAAACCGUGUGGACUUCAAGAUGAAGACCAUCGAGGUGGAUGGGAUCAAGGUGCGGAUACAGAUCUGGGACACAGCCGGCCAGGAGCGGUACCAGACCAUCACCAAGCAGUACUACCGGCGGGCACAGGGCAUUUUCCUGGUGUACGACAUCAGCAGCGAGCGCUCCUACCAGCACAUCGUGAAGUGGGCCAGCGACGUGGAUGAGUACGCACCCGAUGGCGUCCAGAAAAUCCUCAUCGGGAACAAGGCGGACAAGGAGCACAAGAGGCAAGUGCCCAAAGAGCAAGGGCUGCAGCUGGCCAGGGAAUACGGGAUGGAUUUCUACGAGACCAGUGCCUGCAGCAACCUCAACAUCAAGGAGUCCUUCACACGGCUGACGGAGCUGGUGCUGCAGGCGCACCGCAAGGAGCUGGACGAGCUGCGGGGGCUGCCCCGCGCCCCCACCCUGGUCCGGCUGGAGGAGGACGAGCAGCAGCCCCUGGGGAGCGAGGACACCCCCAAAACCUGCUGGUGUUGAAGGCUGGGACCCCCUGACCCCUCCUCCCUAGGCUGUGUCAGGGGCCGUGAGCCCCAGCUCCUAGAUUCCUGUUAUUCCCUGACUCCCGCUAUUCCCCAACUCUCACCGUCAUUCCCAACCCUGGGGAACAUGCCGUGCCAGGCUGGGAGCAUCCCACAUCCCGCAGGCCCUAGGAUGAGCAGCCGCAGC